AUGGCAUGGGGGAAGAAGAAAGUUGGCGAGUCGGCAUCGCCCGGCGCCUCGCCAUGCCACUUGGACGAGCGGCACAAGGUCCCGAGAGGGCACGUCCCGAUGGUCACCGGCUGCGGCCAGCGCGUGGUGGUGGCCGUGAGGCUGCUCCGGGACCCAUGCAUCGCGGAGCUGCUUCGCAUGGCGGCGCGGCAGUACGGGUACGGCCAGCCGGGCAUGCUGCGGAUCCCAUGCGACGCCGGACAUUUCCGCCGGGUCGUCGACGGAGCGCUGCGUGCACAGAGCCGACUAGCCGCCCGGCCUGACACGUGA